CAGGAGCGCUAGCGACUUGCCACGCUAGUCCUCUCACGCGCGCGUUUUGUUCGCCAGAGAGCGAGAGCGUAGAUUAGUUGAAAAACGCGGGAUAAAGUGCGUGCGCGACAUAAGAAGUAGUAUCACUCAUCGCCUGAUAAGAAGUGCAGCCGACAACAUUUAUCUACGAUUUUUUUCUGCAUUUUCACAAUCUGUAGAUACAGUCUUUACAAUCUUAACAGAACUUCAAAUCUCGUAUACAAUUUUCUUGAAACAUUGUUCUCCAUAUCGUUCUCAUAUUACAAACCUCUCCACCUAUCUUCUGAAACGUUGCUCCCAUAUUGUUUUCAUACUACAAACCUCUCCAUCUAUUUAUUAAAACGUUCUACCACAUAACGCUCUCAUAUUACAAACCUCUCCACCUAUUUUUUGAAACGUUGUUCCCCAUAUUUUGUUUUCAUAUUAGACUACAAAUCUCCCUCACCUAUUUAUUGGAAAGUUGUUUUUCCAUAUCGUUUAUAAAUCUCUUCAGCUAUUUUUUGAAACAUUGUUUUUCCAAAUCGUUUUUGUUUCUGCGAUGCGUACUGUUGAGUCGCGUUCUCGUCAGAGUGGAAGCCAAGUGUCGUUUUAGAAAUUUGUGUGAUUUGAGGAGUUAUUUGAAGAUCAACCGUCUGCUGUUACCGUCAUUCUUAUAUGGAUUUGUCACCACUACAUAGCUCCAGUGUUGGUCGCUGCUCGUCAAAAUACAAAGCAUCCAUGAUGCUGUGGGUGUGGUUGGUGGCGAUGAUGAUGCUGUGUCAAGUGAAAGCGCAGUCGUCCAUGCCUCUCGAUCGCAGUGUCCGCAGCCACCAAAUCAGCCCGAAACCGUGCUCGGUGAAUGGACUGGAGGGCACGUGCAUGUUCGUCUGGGAGUGCAUCAAGACUGAGGGCCGUCACGUGGGCAUGUGUGUGGAUGCGUUCAUGUUUGGCAGCUGCUGCGCACACAACCUCACCGACAACCAGAUAGCGCGUCUCCCGCCCGCCAGCGGAGGCGGUUCCGCCCCCCUGAUAACACGGUUGCCGGCCGCCAGUGGAGGCGGCUCAGGCUCCGCCCCUCUGCAGCCGGCGCUGCUCUACUCGCCGCCUUCGCCGCCCCACAAGUCCCGCCCCCGGCCGAGGCCGGCUGCCGCCUCCGCGCCAUCCUCGUCAUCACAAGCGGUUGCAGCCGCUAAUGCUGCCGCUGCUGCAGUUGCCGCUUCUAGUCACGACACACCUUCUUCCACUGAAAGGUGGAGCCACCACCAAUACCGUCCAUCACACGACAACAUGGUCGACCCUCUUGCCUCCUCUGCCUCAUCCUCAUCAUCCUCUUCCUCUUCCUCCAGCUACAACCACAAGCACAGCACACCCUUCGUCACCAAGGGCAAGCCGAAGCCCCACCACAGCAACCACUUCCACCACCAGAGUCGUCCUAACCACAGUCGACCUGUGCGUCCCGUUCCUAUGACGUCAUCAUCAUCCCCUCCCUCCACCUCAUCUACCCCCUCCCCCACCACCAGGAGGCCAACGACAACUACAACGACAAGUCGUCCGACAACGACGACAACAACGACGACAACGACUAGUCGUCCGACAACCACCACUAAACGCACGUCGACGUCUCCGAAACCUCCACCGAGCACAACCACGGAGGCAUCCACUACUGUGAAAGUGCCAACACCGAAACCACAUAAAAAGCCGCCGGGCACUGUGCCGGCAAGCCGGGACAAAAAGAAAUCUUGCGGAGUCUCACCUUUAUUUCCUCGGCAUGAAGUGAGGAUAGUUGGAGGCAGGAAUGCUCAAUUCGGAGUGUGGCCUUGGCAGGUGUCAGUGAGGAGGGUGUCAUUUUUCGGCACCUCUAGCACACACCGAUGCGGAGGAGCUCUGCUCAAUGAGCAGUGGAUUGCAACGGCUGGACAUUGUGUAGAUGACCUGAUGAAAUCGCAAAUCCGCAUCCGUGUGGGCGAGUACGACUUCUCGACGAUGUCCGAGCCGUACCCGUUCGCCGAGCGUAGCGUGACGCGCAAAGUGGUUCACCCCAACUACAACUACUUCACCUAUGAGUACGACCUGGCGUUGGUACGCCUUGACGCCGCCCUGGAGUUUGCUCCACACAUUGCUCCAAUCUGCCUGCCCGGCUCCGAUGACCUGCUGAUCGGGGAGAACGCCACUGUCACUGGGUGGGGUCGGCUCAGCGAGGGGGGCACGCUGCCGUCUGUCCUACAAGAGGUGACUGUACCAAUUGUGAGCAACGACAAAUGUAAAAACAUGUUCCUGAGAGCUGGACGCCACGAGUUCAUUCCAGACAUAUUCAUGUGCGCAGGGUUUGAUGAUGGAGGCAGGGACUCUUGCCAGGGUGAUUCCGGGGGUCCACUGCAAGUAAGGGGGAGAGACGGCCGAUUCUUCCUAGCAGGUAUAAUCAGUUGGGGCAUAGGCUGCGCAGAAGCUAACUUGCCUGGUGUUUGUACGCGCAUAUCGAAAUUCGUUCCCUGGAUACUGGAUGUUAUGAACAACGAUACGUCUGUCACGUGAUAAUGGACCAUGACCAGUAUGGAAACAUAUUCAAUAAUUCCUAAAUCGCUCAAUGAGAUUCGAAAUCGUCAGAAUCGAGAAACAUGGAUUAAGGGUGGGUGUGUACAGAGAACGGUCAUGCGUUCCAGAGAAUACUAGAGUUCAAUAGUUCCAGAGAACACUAGAGUUCAAGAGUUCCAGAGAACACUAGAGGUCAAGAGUUCCAGAGAACACUAGAGUUCAAGAGUUCCAGAGAACACUAGAGUUCAAGAGUUUCAUAAAUCGUAUGAGAACGCUAGAACUCAAGAGUUUUAGAGAUCAAUGUCCUCCAAAGACCGCUUAGACCGCCCUAUGUAUACACACACCUUGAGGAGUUCUUGUCAUGCCAAAGGCCUGUUCCAUAUCAGAGUCCUAACUAUUGAGAGUACUACACGGUACUAUACUGGGUGUUUCAAAAAGAAUGACCCAAUUUCAAACAGUUUUAUUUAUUUAAAAAAAUGGUUUAGACAAACCAAUUUUACAUUAAAUUAUUCACAGA